AUGGAUCAAGAAAUGGAGUCUAUAGAGAAGAAUAACACAUGGGAGCUAGUCAAUUUGCCUGAAGGAGCAAGAAAAGUGGGUGUUAAAUGGAUCUACAAAACCAAAUACAAUGAGAAAGGUGUAGUAGAGAAAUACAAGGCAAGGCUGGUGGCAAAAGGAUAUUCUCAACAGCAUGGCAUAGACUAUAAUGAGGUAUUUGCUCCAGUUGCAAGAUGGGACACAAUUAGAACAAUUUUGUCACUUGCAGCAAGUCAG